CACGCGCUCGGAAGUGACGUGGAAUGAACGCGCGCGCACACGCGUGUAACUCGGCAGCACGUGUUUGUGUUUAUGUGCCUGCGGAACGCUGAACGGAACCGGUCUAAAGCCCGAGCGGAGCUGUGUCGGUCAUGACGGGGCAACACGAGCGCUAUCCGCCGCCGAGCUUCACCGCAGCAGCGGAGCCUCCGGCGGCGUCUCUCUGGAGCGGAGCCGCGCUGCACGACACCCGUCCGGGCGUGAAGUUCCAGGCGUCCCGGGACUGGAGCUGGACUCAGCCGGCGCAGACCGGACCCUGGACCGGACACUACCAGCCCCAGCAGUGCCCCGGUCGUCUUCCUCCUCCUCCUCAUCCUCAUGGCUGGCGAGGCUCAGCGCAGCAUCACUGGGGUCGGAAGAAGCAGAAGGAGCCCGAGUUCAGUCACUUCUGCGACACGUGCGACCGGGGAUUCAGAUCUCAGGACAAGUACGACGAGCACGUCUCUCAGCACGUGAAGUGCUCUGUUGAAGACUGCUCCUUCACCGCUCACGAGAAGCUGGUGAAGAUCCACUGGAGAAACAAUCACGCUCCAGGAGCCAAGAGGAUCAAACUGGACACGGCUGAGGACAUCACCCGCUGGAGAGAGGAGAGACGCAGGAACUACCCGACGCUGAAAAACAUGGAGAAGAAGCUGAAGCUGAUGGAGGUGAAGGAGCAGCGAGGAGACGUGCUGGAGACGGCUCAGUUCGGGCGCAUGAGGAGCGGCGGUGGAGGACGUGGAUCUGACCGCUCGCCGCACACGAGCUCAGAGACGGGUCUGAAGCGGACGCAGCCGGAUGGCGACCCUCUGGCGGCUCUGGUCCACGGUGACCCCGACUCUGAUAAGGACGAGUCUGUUCAGCAGACACAGACCGGACUCACUGUGGCCCCCAAGAGCAUGACCUCUGCCCUCGGGUCACUGAUGUCCAGCUAUGAUCUGACCUCGAGCGAGAGCGAAGGAGACGCCGACGACGCUCCGGUGCUGAGAGUCGGUCGGGUUCUAGAGGAGAACAAGACGCUCCUGAAGGCUGCUCCACUUCCUGUCUCCAGGAUUCCAGAGCUGCAUGACCACACACACACACACACACAGACACCACAGCAAUCCCAGCAUGCCCCGGGCGGCAGAGGACGCGGUCGAGGGGCGAGAGGAGGACGAGGAGGAAAAACACACAAACCUGCUGAGAAACAGAGACACCGAGCUACUCUACUAGAGAUGUUACUGGCUCCUGAGAUCCGUCACGAGAGGAACGUUCUUCUCCAGUGCGUCCGUUUCAUCGUCCGCAGCGACUUCUUCGGUCUGGCCGCUAAAGACUCGUGUGUGAAGAGCGUGGAGGAGGUCGGAGGAGACGGACUCCUUCAGGAGAGCUCCGGUGUGUUUCAGCAGCUGUUCUCUCAGCAGCUCGUGUGUGACGAGUCCGAAGAAACACUCUCCUGAGGACGGACCACAAUCCACAGGAAGCAAAGACUGUCCCACGCUGCUUCUUUUUCCACUUUUUUUUUUUUAUUUUUGUUCACUAAUGAUAUGUUUGGUUUAUCAAAAGAAAAGACUCUAGUGCUGUCCGUUGAUUCAUUGCAUCCAAAGUGAACGUUUUUGUUUCUAUAUGUAUGUUUAAACACACACACAUGCAGCAUACAUUUAUAUACAGUAUGAAUAGAUACAAGCAGCAUUCCUUAAAAUAUGUUUCUAUAUGCACAAUAAGUGUGUGUGUGUGUGUGUGUGUGUGUGUGUGUGUGUGUGUGUGUGUGUGUGUGUGAAUAAAAACGUUCAUUUUAGAUCCGCUGAAUCAUUUGACGGCUCUAAAAGACUCCUAACUGAUGAAUGGAGAUGAAUUAUUUUGCUCUUGUGGCUGUACUUCUCUCAGAGGCAGAAAAUAAAGAGGUGUGUGUGAAUGUGA